GGUACGACGUUGUUUCCAUACGCUAAAUCGGGGAGGAUUUAAACGUAUACUACAAUAUUUUCAAAUGUUACAACUAAAAGCCAAACAAAAGAAAAACGUUUUAAAAUUAAAACUAAAUGAUAAUCAUUGGCAAAAAUUCGACGAUAUUUUUAAAUUAAAUUUCAAUUAUAUUCCAACAAUUUUCAUCAUUUUUCAAUCGUUUUCGUUUGCAUAUGUUGAUUUGGUUGUUUGUGUGAGCUGUCAAAGUGCGUGGAAAAGAGAAAGCGCCUCCCCAAUUGAAACUGUCGGAUCUGAAGCUAUAUAUGGUCGCCAUUGACGAGCAAACAAUGUGCGACAGCAUUUGACCGUACUUUGACUUGCUAUAAAAUCGAUAGAAACAACUGGAGGAAAUUAAGCGAGAGGAAAAAUAAAACAACAAACGGACCAUCACCUUUGAUCGGAACCCAUUUGAAAGCUGUCUAAAAAUCUGUGGUAAACAUUUUUUUUGAAUUGGUUUGUUUAUGAAAAUGGGCGAUAAUAGUGGAAAUGCGGUUGCGAAUCGUAAGCGCAAAGCAAAGGAUCCAGCUAAUCAACAACAAUCCGGCCCGAAAUUAUACAGCAACCGGUGGAUGUUGCGUGUUUACCAAGAGAAACCACAAUUUCCCGGUGAAUUAUUCGACACAAUGUUUACAAAGGAGAAAAUUGAAACGCUCGUUGCUGCAUUGAAAUUGGCCACUGAAAAAGAAGUUGAAGAGAGCAAACGUUUGCUGGAAAGCGACUACACAUACUCGCUCAUGAUCGCCAGCCACAAAGUACCUCACGUUCCAGUUCAUCUUUCCAGAAUAUUGCUCAAACAUACAUUGCACAACGAAGAUUCGGAAGUUGCAUUGUUUGUUAAGGACUUGAAGCGUGGUCGUCGUCUUGACUUCGAGCCAACUAUCCAACAUUAUGAAAACUUAUUGCGUGAGAAAAAUGUGACAAAGUAUCGCAUCACGGUCAUACCAGUCAAUCAACUGUACAAUGAAUAUGCAACAUUCGAGCUGAGGCGCAAACUAUCAUAUUUGUAUGAUAAGUUUUUGGUUGAUUCACCAAUUGCGGCCCACGUCAACGGUUUUCUUGGCUCGAAAAUGUUAAAAAAGGGACGCCUUGCGAUUCCGGUGAAUCUGUCCAAAGAGAAUUUAUCGGAUGAAAUUGAUAAAGCAAUGCGCAAAGUGUUCUACAAGCAUGUCAAUCAAGGCAUCACACAGAACAUUCAGGUCGGCAAACACAGCAUGCCAAACGAUCAAAUUGCCGAAAAUAUCAUCGAUUUGCUUCGGCAAUUUGGUGACAUUCAUCCAGGAGGCUACAAAAACGUUCACAAGCUAUUCCUACGGCCACAAGCAAACGUAUCUGUUGUUAUUCCACUCUAUGUUUCGGCCGAUCAACAAAUAGAUAAGGUACCGGUUGAGCGUACACCGGGUGAACAAGUUCUACAGCAACAUUCAAAAACAGCCAAAACUCUGUUGGGCGAAUUCAAUUUGAAUGAGGCUGGUAAAAUGGUACAAAAACGACGACCAGCCGCAUCAAUUCUGGAUGAAGAGCUAUUACUAAGCGAAGACGAAACUGAAAAUCCACCAGCAGCUAAAAAACCAAUCGCCGAAACGGAGGCUAAAGAAACGAAACCAACGCCAGGGAAUAGCGUUGAGAAACCACAAUUGGGCGACAAGCCCAUACUGAACAAACUGCUUAACAAACGUUUGCCGCCUGGCAAUCUUAACGAUCAAGGUGGCAUGCCGCUGAAACGAAAAAAGAUUAUGAAUCGCUCGCCUUCGAAUAAUCGACUGAACAACAACGGCCCCAUGAAUAUGAAUCCGCUUAACCAAAUGCAAGAUUCAAUGCCACGCGGCGAUGGAGGCGAUAUGUUUAUGCGUAAACGAAACUUCAUGGAAUCCGAUAUGGGUGGCGGUUUUGAUCGACCAUCCGAUCGUGGCUUUAACAUGGGCGGUUCGAAUUUUUUGAACAACGAUCGCAACAUUAACAAUUCGAACAAUUUUGGAAAUAACCGCGAUUUCGGCGACGAUUUCUCCAGACGACCACAAAAAAGCAUGAACGAUGGUGGAUUUAACAAUUUCGGCAAUCGCUCAGGGGCUAAUAAUAGUGGUGGCGGAGGCGGCGGUGGUGGUGGUGGUGCACGAAUGUUCAACCGCUAUUAAAAUUUACUCGAUUCACUUCAAUUAUCAACAUAAAACUGUCUAUUAAAACGAAAAUUGAAAUUAUCAUUAAAAUGGUAGUUUAGCAUCAUUUACAAACAUAUUGAUUGUAUGAACCAUGAAAAAUUUGUGUUUCAUUGAACGAAUCCUGUCAGAAUAAAUAUUGUACGUACGAGAGAGGAAAAAAAACACGAAAUAA